AUGGUAACAGAAUGUACAGAAUACGGAUCAAUACAAGAUAUAAUGAAUAAAAGAAACAUCACAGAAAUAUCAAAGAAAAUACGAAUCAAAUUUAUGAUAGAUGGAGCAAAAGGAAUUUCAUGUCUUCAUUUAAAUGGAAUAUUACAUCGAGAUAUUAAACCCGAUAAUUUCCGUGUUGUAACACUUGAUGAUAACACUGAAGCUAAACGGAAAUUAACGGAUUUUGGAAGUGCAAGAAAUAUUAAUAUGAUGAUUAUGUUAAUUAAAAGAAAAGAAUAA